UGCAGUGACGACUACGGGUGGACAUAUUUUGAGUCGUGACCACACAAACGCACAAAUAACAGCAGCGUCCAGAGGUAAACAGCCACCCAAACAGGACACGUCGACGCUGUGGCUCUUUCGAGACAAGUUCACACCGGGCAACACAUACACAAUUCCCCAUGCCACUCCAGCCUUGUUGAGCUUCGACGAGCAGGUUCGGUUGGCAGUGCUGCAUAGCCCGGUUUCCAUUGCUUCCAGCAAUUUGUCAGAGGACGGAGAUAGCGUCGUUCCGCUUCUUGGACAAGGCGGUCUAUCUAGCCGCACGUUGCAUCCCCGUAUCCCGGACGGCGAUCUCGCCUGCCACGAGGGCACCAUUACCGAAGUGAUCAUCCCGGAGCUGGCAAUCUACCGACUGGACGAUGGCCGGGUGCUAGUGGCAUCACUGCUCGCCUGCAAGGCGGACUUCCCGCUCCUGGCUCCCGGAACGCGCGUUCAAAUCUCUCGCUGCCACUCGGUGCACGCAGAAGACGGGAGCGUCCAUCUUGUUCUCUGCUGCGGCUCCCGUGUCGAGGUCUCUACCGAGGACUCCGUUCAGGCUUUCUACCGUCCCCACACACUUCGUUGGGUCGGGAGCCUGCACGGCACUUACCCCAUGGUCAUACAACUUCUCAGGACACUUCAAAAGCUCCAGAGGCAGUUUGUGCCGGGGUACCUGUCCCACGCCGACCUAGUUAGCUACGAUACAGACGCAGAAGGGAAGCGAUCUCACAGCCUGCUCUUCACGUUGCUCGGGAUGUGUGGCCCACGCCACAAUUCUCGGCCGGCCAGGCACGCUGUCCUCGAGUUCUUUCGCCAGCCCCACGACUGCGAAGCGAUCCUGACUGACGGAGACGGCGAUUUCCUGGGACUGCCCGUCGUCGAUCUGGAAUCCCUGCCCGAAAUGGCGCGACAGAGGGCGCACUGGGUCGCUGCGGCCCCUACGUGGCACACGGCCGUGGUGCCGCUUAGAGAGCUCGGCGUCCAGGUUGUGGGCUGCCUGGGACUGUCCUCCGAAGGAACGUUGCACCUGUGCGACGCCACGGGCACGCUCCGACUGCACACGCUGGUGCCGGCCGCGAGGCUACCCCUGGGCCAUGUGGUCCUGCUUGGACGCGGAUCCCGGCUGAUCUUCGAAGAGGUGGCACCCUUACGAGACGUCGACGAGCGAUUCGGCCACGUCUACCUGGAGUCCAACGUGAUCACCCCCGUGUUUCCCUGCCAGGGCUGUCCGCACAUGCCCUCCGAGGCUAUUCCCGAGACCGGGCGGCAGCCGGUGCAGUUGGUGUCACGAGGCGUGCCACAGACCAAGCUUGGCAAGCACAGCUUCCAAGCGCAAGUACGGCUUUGUCCCAAGGGCCCCAUUCAGAGGAUCCUGUUUGGAGGGCUUCACUGGAUGCCGCUGCUGCAACGUGGUGAAGUCUACGACAUCGUCAUGCGGGGCUCGGCGUCACUCUCGGACGUUCUCGACGACGUCCUGGUGUCUGUCAACUCGGAUCCCGAAACAAUUCAGGCAUUCUCGGAGAGCAAACUGCCGGUUCAGGACAGCCCGGCCAUGCGUGCGAUUGUGAUCGAGAAAUUCUACCAGGAGGCGCGGCAGAAACAGUCGGGUGCCAACACCGACGGCGUGUGUGGCCUCAGCCCGUGCCUGGUGGUGCAGCUCGUCCCCAGUCUGGACUCGGUCACCAUCUACCUGAACUGCAUGACUGCAGCCGUGGAACUCGUCGGGAUCGGCCCCGGUACCUUGGUGCAGCUCGAGGGAAUGAGUGUGAACCUGUCGGGACGCUGCAACCGCUACAUCUCGGCCAGCCCGGACUCGUCCAUCACCGCUCUUUCUUGGGGCGAGGCAAAACAUGUCUGCAAGACUAGGCUUGGGGGCAAGUGGCCCUUUCCCGGGGGACCCUGCAACGGCUUGGCCUACGGCGCUCCGAGCGCCUGGCACUGCUGCAUCGUCGACAAGAUCGAGGUCACGCUCAGUCCCGCGUGUGACCGUUGUGGCCGGCGCAAGACGUGCGCCCCGUCCUGUCGCCCCCUGGGGUCCGUGCCGCGCGCCACGGCCACGGCUCGGUUUCGAGCCAACUCCUGGGGCCAGUGCGUGGCCGUGUGUCACGGGGACCAGGUCCGCAAGCUCCUGCGUCUUCCCGAGUCGCUAUGGACGUCCUUGCUUCAAAAAGUCUUUCGGUCGGGGGAACCGUGCCAGUUUGGGUCCAAGAAGAAUCCGGCGGGAACCCUCGCACACCGCCCUGUGCCUAAGCGUCUGUUAGAAGAGGCGCUGGACAAAUGGUGCAAACGCCCCGCACUCGUGCGGUGCGUUGGCCUCGCCUGCACCGAGUACCGAACGAAGGGUUUCACGAAGAGGCAAAGCCAAACCGCGUCUGCGGAGUUGAAACCACAGCGCCACCUACAAGUGUCCGACAUACAAGAGGCAAAUCCCGGCUUAGUCAAGCUCCAGUUGUCUCGCUGUCAGAGCUACGGCUCGGACAAGAAUCAAUCCAGCUAGCCAUUCCACAAUCGUUCAACAGCACAAGACGAGCGAAAUCGCCAGAAUGAGCAACGAAAUAUGUGUAAAAUAAAGCUAUCUGUUUUUUCAGUUUUCA